AUGAGCAACCGCGACGUCUUCAGGCGCAGCGCCUCUGCCUCCUUCCAUUUGACUUCAAUGGCUGCGGCCGACUUCGUUUUAAAGAUAUUUCUGCACUUGUUUGCCGCCUCUGCAUUAACUUGCAGCUCCCUCCUGUUGAUGUUUGACUUCAAUGGCUGCGGCCGACUUCGUUUUAAAGAUAUUUCUGCACUUGUUUGCCGCCUCUGCAUUAACUUGCAGCUCCCUCCUGUUGAUGAGGCGGCGCUUAGGAAGAUUUUUAAUGCCUUCGACUCCUCUGGCCGCGGGUACCUGGAGCUCGAAGACUUCUGCCGCAUGUACUGGGAGAUACUGUGCCGAGUUCGAGAGAAGUAUUAUCCAGAGAAGGCGAUGCGGGUUCGCCGUUCGCUGUUCGUUGGUCGUCGCAACUUAGCGCAGACAGGGCUCGCUAUUACAGAUUUGUUUACCUUUGUGAAGAAGUUGGGGUCGGGGUCAUUCGGCGAUGUCCACCGCGUCAUCGAAAAAAGCAGCGGCUUAGAGCGUGUAAUAAAAACAAUAAACAGAGACAGAAGUCAGGUGCCUAGCGAGCAAAUAGAAGCAGAAAUUGAAGUGCUCAAAUCCCUCGACCACCCCAACAUCAUCAAAAUAUUCGAAGUUUAUGAAGACCAUCAUAACGUCUACAUCGUCAUGGAGACAUGCGAAGGGGGGGAGUUGCUGCAGCGUUUGGUGGAGGCGGAGAGUAUGGGGAGCGCUUUGACUGAGAAGAGCGUCAGCGUAAUCAUGCGGCAGCUGAUGAAUGCUCUCGCCUACUUCCACAGCAAACACGUGGCGCACAAAGACCUCAAGCCGGAGAAUAUUUUGUUUCAAGACAAAUCUCCAGACUCCCCUAUCAAAGUGAUUGAUUUCGGCCUUGCGGAGUUGUUUGAGAAGACGGAUGCACACAGCAGAAAUGCAGCAGGCACUGCUCUGUACAUGGCGCCAGAAGUUUUCAUGCGAAAUGUGUCUCUAAAGUGUGACGUCUGGUCAGCGGGGGUCGUGAUGUACUUCUUGCUCACGGGGUGUCUUCCUUUUACUGGGAGCAGCAUUGAUGAAGUUAAAUACAAGGUUUGUAAUUGCGAGCCCAAUUACGCCCGAGAAUGUGCACAUCUCACCAAAGAAGCCGUAUCUCUUAUUAAGUGGAUGCUUGUUAAACCGGAACGAGAUCGGCCUACAGCAACGGAAGUCUUGAAACAUCCCUGGUUCAAACAGGCAGACUUGAAAGACAUCCAGAUCUCCCCAAUCAUCUGCGAGAACAUGAAGGCCUUGCCCAGGUGGGUCUUCCUCAGUGGGACAUCAACAGGAUCAUUCAAUCCAUUGACGUUGACGACUCCGGAAACGUUUCGUAUACAGGAUGGAGAUGGGAAAAUAUCGGUUCCGGAGUUUGAAGCAGUUCUUGGUGGCGAGGAUUACCGAUUAGUCCCGAAAGAUACAAUAAAGGCGCUCGUGGCGCAGAUAGACAAAAACGGUGAUGGCCAGAUCGAUUGGGACGAAUUUUUGCAGUACAUGAAGCUGAAUUGA